AUGGAGCUUACGAUCUCUACUUUGUUUUAGAUAGGUCCGGAAGUGUCGCGAGCGACUGGGGACAGAUAUUUGACUUUGUGAAGAACCUCACAGAACGUUUUGUAAGCCCGAGCAUGAGAGUGUCCUUCAUAGUAUUUUCAUCCAGUGCUGAAAUCAUGUUGCCCCUGACUGGAAACAGAGCAGAGAUUGACGAGGGCCUUAAGAAACUGAGCGAGGUGAGGCCAGCGGGAGAAACAUACAUGCACGAGGGCUUUAAAAAGGCCUCAGAGCAAAUGAAAGCCCAAGCUAAAAAGUCGUCGUGCAUAAUCAUCACCCUGACCGACGGAGAACUCACUCCCUACACCCUCGAACUCACGAAGAACGAGGCCGACACCGCCAGGCAACACGGUGCGAGAGUCUACUGCGUUGGAGUGAAGGAUUUUAACGAGCAGCAGUUGGUUGAGGUGGCUGACAACAAAGAUCAGGUGUUCCCAGUCAAAGGAGGUUUCCAGGCUCUCAAAGGCAUUGUGAAUUCAAUCCUGAAGAAAUCGUGCACGGAGAUUUUAACGGUGGAGCCCUCGAGUGUCUGUGCCAACGACACAUUUGACGUCGUUUUGAGAGGCAAUGGGUUGAUGCUGGGGAGUACCAAAGACCAAGUCCUCUGCAGUUUUAUCGUCGACGGUAACACAUACAAUCAGAAACCAACCACAGUGAUGGACAGUUACGUGCUGUGUCCAGCACCCGUACCAUUGGACGCAGGACAGUCAAUGGAAGUUCUGAUCAGCUUGAACAAUGGCAGGUCUUUCAUCAGCAGUGCCUUUACCAUCUACGGCUCCACCUGUUCUGACGGUAUGGCAGUGGCCAUUACGUUUCUGGUGCUGUUUAUUCUGGUGGCAUUGGCUCUGAUGUGGUGGUUUUGGCCUCUCUGCUGUACUGUGGUCAUUAAGGAUCCUCCCCGACCUCAGAGACCCCCCCCUCCUCCGGCACCUGAACCUGACCCUCUGCCCAAGAAGAAGUGGCCAACGGUGGAUGCGUCCUACUACGGAGGAAGAGGAGCAGGCGGCAUCAAACGCAUGGAGGUGCGCUGGGGCGAGAAAGGUUCCACAGAGGAAGGGGCAAGGUUGGAGAAGGCCAAAAAUGCUGUGGUAACAAUACAGGAGGAGGUGGAGGAGCCGAUGAUUAAAAAACCACCCACCAGAACAGGGUCCAACCGUAACCAGGAGACCAAAUGGUACACUCCCAUUAAGGGACGUUUGGAUGCUCUGUGGGCUCUUCUGCGGAGACAGUACGACCGAGUUUCGCUAAUGCGGCCUACCUCCGCGGAUAAAGGUCGCUGCAUCAAUUUCAACCGGGUUCCGAAUCAAUAGAUGAUAAAGUCUUCCAGCUUUUGAAAAAU